AUGGAUAAAGGAAAGUCGACCUGGCAGAAAGCAGCCGAAGCCAAACGCCAGGCCAUCCUGGAGGCGAUUCCCCCCAAGUGGAGAGUUCAGCAUCUGACCCCCCCGAAUGAUGUCACGGGCACCUACAUUCAAAGGUUCCUAAAUCCUCGCGAGAUAGAAAUCACUGAAGCUGAUGCCGUUUCUAUCACGACACAAACAAACUCCAGGAAGUGGACCGCGGUCGAGGUGACCGAGGCGUUUUGCCAUAGAGCUGCCAUUGCUCAUCAGCUUGUUAACUGUCUCCAUGAGAUAUUCUUCGAAGAUGCCCUCAAAGUAGCAAAAGAGCUCGACGACCACCUUGCUGCCACCGGAAAGCCAAAAGGCCCCUUGCACGGACUUCCCGUGAGUCUGAAAGACCAAUUCCAUGUCAAAGGUGUCGACACAACCAUGGGCUAUGUGGGCUGGAUCGGGACGUUUCAAGGCCGAAAGGAUGAUUCCCGUGCUCGAGUGGUUGAAAGCGAGCUCGUAAGAGAACUCCGCAACUUGGGAGCUGUCCUCUUCUGUAAAACGAGCGCCCCCCUCACGCUCAUGUCAGGAGAGACAGCAAACAACAUCAUAGAAUAUACAUACAAUCCUAACAACCGUCUACUGUCUAGUGGAGGAAGCUCUGGUGGAGAAGGUGCUCUUCUUGCGCUUCGUGGAUCGCCAGCCGGGUUUGGUACUGAUAUCGGCGGAAGUAUCCGGAUUCCAGCUGCCUUCAACGGGGUGUUCGGUCUUCGUCCAUCCGCCGGAAGAAUGCCUUAUGAAGGAGCGGCGAAUUCUAUCGACGGACAAAACACCAUCUUGUCUGUAAUUGGUCCGAUGGCCACAAGUGUUGAAUCGUUGAGGUUGCUUUUCAAAGCCGUUCUAUCACAGAAGCCGUGGCUCCAUGAUCCGCUUGCGUUGCCGCUGCCUUGGAGGAAUGACAUCGACAUGAAAACACAAAAGUUGAUCGAGGCAUCGGCUCGUGACCCGUCUCUGCUCGCCUUUGGCAUCAUGCCCCAUGAUGGUGUCGUUCAUCCUCACCCACCAGUGGAGGAAGCCAUGACAUUUAUAAAGGAUAUCUUGCAGGACAUGGGUCAUAGGGUCAUAGACUGGACUCCGGAGCUGUGUAAAGAGGGCCAAAUAAUUGCGGACAAAGCAUACAGCAUGGACAGUGGCGAAGACUUACUUAGCCAUAUCGCUCUGUCAGGAGAGGCACUACCCUUACAGUCCUUCAUUGGAAAAAGCAAGCAUUUUAACGCCGGAGAGGUAGCGGAAUUGAACGUACAGAAACGAGAAUAUAUGAAAAAGUAUAUGGACUAUUGGAACAGAACCAACGACAUGACAGCAACCAGAAGACCCGUUGAUGCUAUCAUCUGUCCUACUGCACCUUAUGCAGCUGUUAUCCCGGGGAAGUUCUGCCAUUCCGGAUACACCACCUUCAUCAAUACUUUGGAUUAUACAACCGUGGUUAUUCCGAUUACGUUUGCCGAUAAGGAGGUUCAUACGGCAGAAGACCCGCCACAAUUCUUUAAUCAACUGGAUCAGAAGGUUUACUCGGAGUACAAUGCUGAAAUCUACCACGGAGCCCCUGUGGGGAUUCAAAUAGUUGGAAAGCGGUACGAAGAAGAGAAGAUCCUUGCACUGGCUGAGUACAUCACCAGAUGCGUCAAGAUGUAUAGCGAUGAAGACCUAGAGGGCUCUAAUUCAGGCUGUCAUGGGAUUGAUAGCUCUCUUCUGAGUCGGCAGCGAUGGGUCUGA